GACCUGCUCCUUUGGAAAAGGAAGGAGGGAAUAGAGAGAAGGAACCUGGGAACCGGUCUUCUUGCCAGCAGAAGUCCAUUCUGUGCUGUCCCAAGCAUUAAAUCGGAGCCGCCUAGCAUCGCACUUCGGCAUGGCAUCCAGAACAGUGAACAAUCAUUUGGUGAUAUUACAGCUGCUGCCCUAAACGUGAAAUUGGAGCUUCCGAGCAAUCAAGUUUUGCGUGGCACCCAGAUCAGUGAAAAAUCACUUGAUGCACUCUGCUCGAAUGCUUCUGAAGACGAAGACUUGUUUGAAGUGGAAGCCAAAGAACACGACUUCAUAUGCACUGCGAAGAAUCGGUCGAAACAGCAGCCCGGAACUUCAACGAGUGGCUUGACGGCCGAGCCCGUUGCAACGCAGUGCAAGUCGACGCGCAGAAGUCCGGCAUGGAGUGAAAGCGGAUUGUUGCCUGAAUUCUCGGUCGGGGUGCAGCAGCUGCUGAAGGGUGCUCCUCUCCCUGAGGCAAUACUUGGCAAUCUCCGUCGUCAAAUGCGGCAAGAGCUCAUCUCAUUUCUAGACGAUCACAACUUGCUCCAGGAAGGAACGAGCGGAACUCUCAGGUGGCAGUACAGCGACCUGGGCAAGUGCCUCGCCACCAAAUAUCCCAAGCUGCUCUGGGACCCCCCCAGGGAGGGCGGCGAAAGACGCGUGGAAGUCUGGUCCACGUUUAUGAGACGCCUCUCGGCAACACGGAGGAGCAGGAGGAAGACGCUCAAGGGCGACCGGUCAACAGACUCGCCCUAGGAAAGCGUCCGAAUCAUUCUUGGAUCGACCGUGCCUCUUAAUACAUUCACAUCAUCGUGUCCAAGCAUCGAAGCUUUCUUUAUUGACACUGCCGCAAGCUGCUGCGCAUUUAGUUGGAAUCCGAUUCCGAGAAAAAAAUAUUCUAAGGGCUUUUCCCACUGUUUUGAAAGAACAAUGCCCAUCCGCGCAAUAUGUGCCUGUCAACUUGGUGUUGAUGGUGCCUGAAUAGGCAACAAACAAUGCAAGAAUAUAGAAGCUAGUCCACUGUG